AUGAAGAACCCGUUGCACAACCCGUUGCCUGCUUCGCUAUCCAGCGAGUGCAAAAAGGCCGCCGCGAUUCUCGAAUCCUUCCUCAACCCGAAACUCAAAAUCGAUGGAGAAAUCCCACGUAAGAUAUUCGUGGGAGCGAAGGGCAUCGCCGUAUUCACCGCGCUCAGAGUUGGAUUCCUGGGCUCUAUCCGCUUUGGCUCGGGACUGAUUGUCGCCCGUCUCCCAGAUGGCAGCUGGUCCGCCCCGUCAGCCAUGGCAAUGGGCGGCCUCGGUGCCGGUGGUCAAUUUGGCGCAGAAUUGACGGACUUCGUGUUCGUCCUGGCUACCGAUGCCGCAGUGAAGACUUUUAUGCAGUCGGGAAACUUAACUCUGGGUGGGAAUAUAUCCAUGGCUGUUGGGCCCAUUGGUCGGAGUGCCGAGGCUGGAGGAGUAGUGGGCACGAAGGGCGGAACUGGGGUAUUCGCCUACUCCAAGACUCGUGGAUUGUACGGCGGUCUUACAGUCGAGGGUGGUGUUCUUGCCGAACGUGCGGAUGCAAACAAAAAGCUUUAUGGGCGGAAGGUUCGAGCAAAGGAGCUACUGAGUGGAUUGAUUCCACCACCACCUGAAGCGGGAGUCCUCAUCAAGGUUCUGAAUGGGGACUACUUCCGUAUCGAAGGACCCCCGGAGCCAGCCGCAGAGGACGCCGCGCGCGAGCAAAAUCCUGAGGCUUCUGCUACACCCCAUGAGCAACAACCACAGGAAAUUGUGGCGGCUGCUACUGAUCAGUCAAUAGCUGUCAGGCCAAACGCAGAGCAGGCACCUAGAACUGCAGAACUAAGCCCAGAGGGUCCCGAGCAGUCGCGCGAACAAAAUCCCAAGCCUUCUGCGCAGCCCCCUGACGGAAAAUCACAGGGAAUUGUGGCGCCUGCUCCUAAUCAGUCAGCAGUCGUUGAGCUAAGCGCAGGGAAGACGCCUGGAACUGCAGAAUCAUCCACCAUAGAAUCCCACGGUCUAUACCAUGAACGAGACGUCCAGGAGACAACGUCAGCUGCCAAAAGUGAAUCAACUACAGAGUCAGCUACCGAGAAAGAAGCCGAUACACAUACGUCAGAUGUGCAAGAGCCUCUGGCUACUACCGAGAAUAAAGGUAAAGAACCGGCAACUGGAGAAAUGCACGAUACCUCUGGUGAGCCAGGUAUCCUGGGGCCUUUCCCCGCUACUGAGAGGCUAUCGGACAGCAUAGAGCCUGCCUCCAGUGGGACUCGCUGA